CGGACUCGUCUGCAGGGAUGCCUGCGAAAGGCUACACAGCCUAUUGCUGCCCAAACAAUGAUUCGCCGGUGAGUCCGCCAAGUCACCCUAGCCGCCUGCGGUCCUUGCUGUAUAUCAAUCCAUCACCGACUUGUUUCCCUUUUCUCCUCUUCUUCACGCACGAGCCGGCAAACUUUCAUCGCGGCGUCCAAGUCUCUGUCUUUGCAGAUACUUGUACUCCGUCAAGUCCUUCUGUGUGGUAUUCCGACAUCGGUGUGCUUCAUCUCGUGGAGGUGAAGCUGUCGGUCGAGGGUGUCAUUCGGAAGACUUCGCAGCUCCCCAUCACAUGGUCCUUUUGUGAAUCAAGCGUCACACUCUCAGAAAAACCUACCACGCUCUCUACUUAUCACACAGGUUCCUCUGCCGAUCGCUACCUCUCUCCUUCACCCUCCGUUCGUUGAUACUGGAAUUGGACAAUACUUAAUGCGUGUCUUGGGCGACAUGUUUAAACGAUCAUUCAGCACCCGCGAUGGUCGCAUCGUCAAACCAAAGACCAUGAAGAACACAUAUCCCGAACAUGUGAAGAGGAAGUUGCAAGACAGCGUUGAGGGUUUGCCAGUGGCCAGUACUCUAACGAGCCCGAUCGUGACACUGGUCGUCGGCAAGGAACAGCGUCUUUUCGCUGCCCACGAAGAUGUCCUCUGUCAUUCAACCUACUUCGCUGCUGCCUUGAAAGGCAAGUUCCUAGAUGACAGCUCGAAGAAGGUUGAGCUGCCUGAUGAAGAACCGGAAAUAUUGUCCUGCGUUCUCGAGUUCCUCUACAAGGGUGACUACUAUCCCCGCCUGUUGCACAACAAGCGCCGAAACACUUGGGAUCUCGAGGAUGCUCAGGACUCGAAAAAUGGUGGUCGCGGAAACAGUGAGUCGACAAUGUACAUUUCUGGUGCUGGUGGUCCCGUUCUUCGUGACACCGUUGUGUAUUGCGCAGCCGAGAAGUACGGCUUGGACGAGUUGAAGCGAUUGGCUCUUCGGAAACAAGGACUUCAAUCCGGCAUCCAAGUCGACGUGAUCUUGCGAUCGGCCCGGUACGCGUACCAACACACUCCAGACACAGAGUCACGUCUCCGCGCUCAUUACCUAGCUCUCAUCAUUCGAAGUCGCAAGACUUUCAAGAGGAGCGGUACCAUGCAGAUGGAAAUGGAGGAAGGGGGCAAAUUGUUUUUCGAUCUAUUUGUGGCAAUGUGCAAUCAUAUCGAUGACAUUGUCGAGAUCAGCAACAGCCGGUCUCCCAAGGUCAUCUAAAGAAUGACACGACCACAUCAGAACGACAGCCAGGAGCGAAAUUGUGAGGUAGGAAAGUAUGUUGACCAGAGAUUGUUGGAAUCUUCAACGAGUCUCUGGAUAGCGUCACUGCUUGGAUAGCAGACACAACUCCACUUCGACUCGAGGUCGGCCGACACAGUUACUACUGGUUCUUCGAAACCCUACUCUUUCUAAUGGCCCAUUUUUGGCGCAAUCGGCUUUCCACUCUUUCAUUAUUUUCGGAAGGAGGAAAACAAUGAACCCACAUAGUGUGCGACUACAACUCGCAGCUCAUUUGUAUUAAUUGGUUUCUCGACAUUACGUCAACAUUUGCCCAUAUGGCACUGCUAUUUUCAACCUGAUCUGAGAUUGGGGAGAAUACCUCUGAUGAUUCAGACUAGAGAAUGAGAGAUUCGGCCACCUCA